GCAGCCUCCUGUAGACACGACGCAUUCUGAUUCUACGCGAUGUUGCGCCUUCGCUUCGUUGUCCUUCUCGCUGCCUGCGUCGUGGCAGCCAUGGCGAGCCACAAGUGCUCUCGUUACUGCCAGACUCCGGGGAAGACUCACGUGUGCUGCGAUCCCCCGCCUCCCCCCCGCUGCCCCAACCCCGCUCCGUGCUACGACUUCUUCGAGUUCAUCUACUGCUACCACGAUGACCAGUGUCCACCGGGCCAGAAAUGCUGCACAGACGGCUGUUCCCAAAGGAAAUUGUGCCCGUCUGAGUCAUGCCCCAGCGAGUGCAUGGCGCAUGACACGAACUCUGAACCGACUGUUGAAGAACUGCGUGCAUGGCCGAACAUUUUCGAGAGGACCAUAUGUACUAAGCUGUGGGAUGACCCAGUUGCAACGUGGCCGGAAGUACAGGGAGAGAGCAGACAAUCGCGUCUGGCAGGAACAGGCAUCUUGGUAGUGGUGUAG